AUAUUGGAUAUUGGAAUACAUAGCCGCUAACACGAGUUGUAUUGCUACGCUCAUGUUACUUAGGCAAUUUAACUUAAUAUAUACUUGUUAAUUUGAAUUCAGUAGAAUGUAGUGAUAUAAUGUAUGUAAGAGCUCCUUGCCUUUCUGGUAAUUAGCCCUCUUUAUUCUUUAUACUCCUGUUCAAUGGCUAUGGCUAUUUGAAAUAACGAUACAAACUCAACUUAUUUUUCUGUUCUGCAUGUCUGUUACAAAUUUGUAUACUUAUGGUAGUCACACUGAAUUCAGUAUACAGAAUAAGUGUCAGCCGUCAAUUUAUUAGUUCCCGUACAGAAUGUUUGGGCUACCUAUUUUUCAAAUUCUAUAAACAUUGAAGCUAAUCUACCUGUUCUAGGUUUAUCUAAAAUGAAUAAUUUAUACACACAAUGCAAAAUAAUAAAUCGUUCGCAUGCCAGUUACUGAGAGAUUUGUACACAAACAUCUAUGUUCAUGGCUUGUUCGUCUUAUUUACUUAUCUUUUGGAUAAAACGAGUAACAGGUAUAAUGAAAUGCAAACACUAUAUAUGGUGGGUAGCAGUUGAACUUGGGGAAAAAACUUCAAUGGUUAUAUACAGGUUCGGGGUACUAAUUGUUAGAAUAUUUAUGACAUAUAUUUCAAAUAAUUGCAAUUCAAACACAUUUAAGAUGUGCUUUUGCAAUACUGCACAAAUAAUGCUGGAAAUCCUCUACCGCAAUGAAAUUUUCACUGUCGAAUAAAGCCGUUAUAAUCAUUUUACUACUGUUCUUUCGUAUCGCUAUUACUACCAUAAUUAUUCGCACAAAUCUAACAAUAUUGGUAAACAUCUUGGUUUUUUGACAAGGGCGAUGAAACUGCAUAUGCUAUUGUUGUAUACUAGGUAGAAUCGGAGUUUAAUGCUUACGUACGCUCUCCACCCUGUGGUUGUUUCCGCACUAAUUUUUAUCCUCCACCAUACAGUAUUCUUUUUUAAUCUUCAUUGUCGAUAUACUUCCACUCUGCAGCUACAAAAAUUAUAACUAUGGCAGGUCAAUUAUAGUUACUAAAAGGUCGUAUAUAUUCCAACUAGUCACUCUGUAUAGAAUGUUUCUAAGUCGUUGACUAGUUUGUAUUAAUUUUACUUUGAUUGGUUUCGAUGGUCUUGUUCCUUGUUUUAGACAUAAGGUGAGUGAUUAUUGAAGAAGAAACUUACGAUUAUGCAAACUUUUGAAAGCACUUCACACAGCUCAAUAGUCAUCUUUUUAUCGUGUGUAAGUCAUUUUCAUCUCUUCUGCCUUUAUUUACAUCAAUAUGAUUCGUCAACAUGGUGAGCAAGUAACGUAAGAUAAUAUGGAUCAAUACAAAACACAUUCAUUUUCAAACAGCUUUUCCAAUCAUGCAUGACCACAAACAAAAUGACCCUAGUUUUGGUUAGAAUUAAUUUUGGCUGACAUUCUUUUAAUCUAUAUGGUUUUACCCGUCUGAUAUUUUACCGCAACUUAUAAUCAACCGAACUAUUAUUUCACAUCAUAACAUAUGUGUUCAUCAAGCCCACCGGAAUUCAGUUCACCGCACAACAGACUUUACAUAAGUAAAAUCCUUUUAAUUGGGACCAUUAUUGGUAUGCUGUGUGCUAUCAGUGGAUCUUGUGGUAUAUUAUUAUGGGGAUUCCUACCAAACUUGAUUAAACUGAACAAUUUGGCUUUAAGAAUUAAUGCAGUUCUAUGUAUAACUGGCUCUCUGGUUGUUUCAGUAAAUGUUUGCUAUAUGUACUGUACACAACUUCGGUCUGUUCAUAAGAAGAAACGAAAGAAGAGGAUAAGUACGUUUAAGAAUGGUGUUCACUACUCUGAUGGAGAAUUAUGUCCUGAAAAUGAAAGUUUCAAUACAAACUAUCAGCUUUCUGCUCCAAGCUCAUUGUCCAUACCUGACGUGUUCACUACAAAUGGUGAUUUAACAAGAAAAACAUUUGUUUCUCUUGGAUCAUUGGAUUUGGAGAAAUUUGAAGUGGUCGGAGUUGUGCACAGAACGAGUUCCAACCUUGAUUUCGGCAGUGUUGAGGGUGGUGAAGUUGGGAAGAACCCUGUCGGUGAAAAAUACCACUAUUCAACUAGUUCGUAUCCAAAUAUAUUGUUUGUUGAUAAAUUCCCCAAUAUUUUAUCCGGCAAAACACUAUAUUUUCGUGGUAGUAGUAAUACCCAUGAUAACAAAAUUGCUACAUACUUGACUACGAACACAGAUGAUAUUCGAACAACUACUCUUACUAGUGUUUUUAGUGCUGCUCAAAAUUCCUAUUCCGAUGAUACCUGUAUCACAACUAGCAAUCAGAAAAAGCCCUUUACAACUAUGUCUUAUUUACUUCCUCGGGUUUCUAUUCAGGAAAUUAAAGAGACCACUUCAAAUAUACCGGCAUCACUAUCAGAUUUUGUUACUGUUCGUCGAACAAGGUCAGAUAGAAUUAAACAUGCAAAAACAAACCGAUCAAUUGCAACACCUGCCGGUUACUCGUUGGAUGGUCCAGCAUUUUCAAAAUUAGAAAAUACUAACCAAAGCAAUAAAAUCUCUGGUUUACAAAAUAUUAAUAAUAACGAAAAAUAUCAUCUUAUUACAAACAAGACAAUAACAAGUCGCCAUAAGCCUAGCACACACUCUGAAAUAUCAACAUUCGACAAUAAUUGUACCUCGUAUAUGACUAACGUAACACCAUUCAAUGGUCAAGCUAGUCUAUUCAACUUGAAUACUUACACUAUCCCUACCACCAAUGUUUCUAAUAUAAACAGUAUUAAUAUUGGGAGUAUAAAUGAGAAAGCUAUUGAUAUUCAUCAUACAGAGCCAUCAAUCAUAUCAUUAGAAAAUCAAGCACUGACAGUCAGUAGUUCAUCACCUUGUGAAUUAAAUAAUAAAACUUCUGUUAUUUCUCAACGACAAAAUAAUAUCAAUAUAAAUAAUACACAAUCUCAAAAUCAUGUUCUGUCAUGUGCAACACUAUUCGCUGCUAAUGAUGAAGAAAAUCUGAAUAAUAAUUCCAUUAAUGGAGAUGUGGCGGUUAAUAGUACCAAUACUGAAGUUGACGGAUUGAAAUAUUUACAGAGAAUCUAUUCCAAAUGGAGUGUAUUUCCUGUUUACAUUGAAAAUGAGAAAACUUGUGUUAAACGCAAUAAUGGUAGUAUUGAUAAAUGUGAUACACUGUAUGAUGAUGACAAUUGUGAUGAGAAUAGCGAAGAAUCUUCACCAAGAAAACUUUCUAUUUCUACAAUAUCUCAUCAUCAUACUAAAAGACCUUUACAUUCGAUAAUUAAUCCGGUACAAUCAUUGGUUAACAGAAUGAGAAAUCGUUGGACUAUUUGUCGCAUACAUAGAAAAUCAAGUGGUAGAAAUAGGAAAAACCAUCAUCAAAUGAAGACAAAAACACGGAAAAAAACUAAACUAAAAAGUUUCAGCAAAGAAGCUGUCCGUGAAUUUUCUGACUUCUCUGGUCUAAAUAACAUCAGUGAUACUAGAUUGGAAGUUGAUAAUAAUGAGAAAAGACAUCGUAGACAAACAAUCAUUACAAAUGCAUCAAUUUUUUCAUUGCCCGCUAUUCCACCAGCGUUAUGGAAUGCUGAACGCCCUGUAUGGAUUAUGGGUGUACCAUUAGAGAACAAUGGUGAUAAAGAUGAUGAUCACUGGUUUAAAGUAGACGGCAAUAAAUUUAUCCUGUUAAGGCAAAAAUCAGAAUUCACCAAUUUAACAGGCAAUAAAAAUCAUCCAAACAUCACCGGAUCAUCCUCUUCAAUUUAUGCAUUUCAUGUACGACCACCGCCAAGACUGAAACCAAUUACUACAAAAGUAAGCCGACUACAAUGUGAACUUAAUUUAAAUCAGCAUACACGUACAAGAUCUGUUGGACAAAUGCUAACUUCAGAAAAAUCAGCUUUAAAUAUUACUUAGUAAUUGUCAUUUUUAUAUUUUUAUUUCUAUGAAAGCUAAAUUAUUCGUUAUGUUUUCUUAAUUCCUGGUCGAUUUUAAGUCAAAAAUGUAAUUAAAUCUAACAACAUUCUGUUCAUUGUUUCAUUAUUACUAUCAUUAUACUAAUUCAUGACCGAUACCCAUUAUCCCGACCAUAAUUGACAUUGAAAACAGUUACCAUUACAUACCAAAUAACAUCAUUGUAAGUAGCACAACUAUCUAGUGAUUUCCCUCCCUCCCCCCUCUCUCUCUUUAACAUAUCUCGAUGUAAAUACGCGUAGAAGGUAAGGACAAUUAAAAAAAAAGCUGGAACAACAAUAAUUAAUAAUAUACAUACAUAAAUACAUACAACAUUUGCCAUUAACAUCAUUUCAUACACUGAAUUUUUUGGUAGAUUUCAUAAUUUUCUUUUUUUUCAUAUUACAAUUUGUAUUUCGGAGAUAUCAUGUCUUCUCCAUGGUAUGUGAUAAUGGUAAUCAUAGCAAUAAUUAAAAUUGUCGAUGUUUCAUAUUUGAGACAAGAAUAUUUUUUAUUGAACCUAAAUCUUUAGAAAAGUGGUCUUUUCUACUAUUGUUAAUCAUUUGGAGUAAGGGUUUGUGUUGAGAACGAUGUGCUUGUAAUAAGAAAAAAGAGACGGAUAAAGAAAAUUAAAGUGAAAAUAACAAUUGUUAUCAAGC